GCCAACGUCACCGGGCUGAAACGAAACUCAGUGAGGAGUUUUCAAAGUGUUGUCGGUUUCGGUUGCGUGAGCAGCUUCUUUGAACACGUUACAGAUAUGGCCAGUCUGCUGUCCGAGGAGAGGUUCCUCUGUUCCGUCUGUCUGGAUGUGUUCACUGAGCCAGUCUCAACGCCAUGCGGACACAACUUCUGCACCGCAUGUAUCCACACGUAUUGGGACGGCAGUGGCCCUUGCCAGUGUCCAUUAUGCAAAAAUGAAUUUCCCCAGAGACCUGAGCUCCAAGUCAACACGUUACUGUCGGAGUUAGCUGCAGAGUUUAAGACAUUACUUCAAGUCAAGGCCUCAGCUCCUGACCCGCAGCGUCCUGCCACAGCAGAUGUUCUUUGCGACAUCUGCUUUGAGACGAAGGAACAUGCGGUUAAAUCUUGUCUGACGUGUCUCGUGUCCUUCUGUGAAGCUCACCUGGAGCCACAUCAGAGAGUUGUCGGUCUCAAGGGCCACACACUAUUCGACCCGGUGAAGAAUCUGGAAGACAGAAUGUGCAAGACGCACAGCAAGAUAACCGAAUUGUACUGCAGGACUGACCGGGCCUCUGUUUGCGUCUCGUGUAUCAGAACCCAUCACAAGAGCCACGAUGUUGUCUCACUUGAGGAGGAGUAUGAAGCGACGAUGGCAAAAAAAGGUGAGGCGAUGGCAAGUAUUCAAGAGAUGACACGGGCGCGGAACGAGAAGAUAGAGGAGUUGGAAAAGGCAUUUGAUGUCCGCCAAACAGAAGCUGAGAAGGAGAAAGAAGCCAGUCUGCAGGUCUUCACAGACUUGAUCCGCUCCAUCCAGAGAAGCCAGGCCGAACUAGUUGGGGUGAUUGAUGAGAGACACAGAGCCACCAAGCAGAAGGCCGAAGAUUUGAUCAGAGAACUGAGGGUGGAGGUCGCGGAGCUGGAGAGCAGAAGCAGUCAGCUGGAGCAGCUGUCCCAGUCCAAGGAUCACCAUUACUUUCUGCAGAGUUUCCCAGCCUUGUGCUGUCCUCUAAACGCCAACUGGGGCAACGUUGGCGGUCACAGCGAUGCGUCUUUCGAGGCAGCGAGAGGCGCCGUGGCUCUGCUGAAACGGAGAGUUGAUGAAAUAAUGGAGGAGCUCCCUGAGAUCAAAAUGAAAAGAAUGAGAGAACAUGCAGUGGACUUGACUUUUGAUCCCGAUACAGCGAAUUAUUCACUUGUCAUUAGUCCGGAUGGAAAACAAGUGACCAAUCUAGGCACAGGCCAGAAUCUUCCCCACAAUCCAAAGAGAUUUGAAACAUGUACAGAUGUUUUGGCCGAGGACGGGUUUACAACAGGGAAGUUUUACUAUGAGGUGCAAGUGAAAGGAAAUACUGAGUGGCUUCUCGGAGUGGUCAAAGAGUCUGUGGAUAGGAGGGGGAACGAACUUCUGUCAGUAAAAAAUGGUGCUUGGAACAUUGGGAUUGAUGAAGGAAUAUAUCGUGCAUAUACAUCAAAAAGUGUGAAACUCACGCUGAAAGACAAGCUUCAGAAGGUGGGCAUCUUUGUGGACUACAAUAAAGGAGAGGUUUCUUUCUUUGACGUGAAUUCUAAAUUGCAUAUCUAUUCUUUCACUGGCUACCACUUUACAGAGAAACUUUAUCCAUACUUUAGUCUUCUAAACAACAAAGAUGAAGCCCCUCUCAUCAUAACCCCUGUACCUGAAACACACUGAGUUUGUUUCUUCUUUAAAGACCACAGAAUAUCAAGCAUUGGUCUCUAUUAACACACUUAACAGGCCUUCUUAAAGUAUUAACAACACAUGUAAACUGUUAUAAAAAGGUCAUCAGAGUCAUGCGUAUUUUGUAAAAAAUAUUUGUAUGUUUAUAAAGUCUUUUUGAAAGAGACAGAAAGAAGAAAGACGAGUUUGUAAAACAUUCGUCACUUUGCUGGUUUCUGUAAUUUAUAGUGAUUUCUGUGCAUUUGACACAUCUGGCAGAAUAAACUAGACAUGUAGACUAAUGUCAUUUCCUGUAAGAUCUGUCUCAAUAUUAAACUCAAAGUUGUAAAAUA